AUGAGCAAUUAUUCCUUUUUAAAUAAAAACAACUACAAAGUAAUAAUUCAAAUUAUUACAAACUACAUAAAUCUUGAGCAAUAUGAAUUAGCAAGACUAUUAUUAACCAAUUUAGUAAAUUCGAACUUAUUAAAUGUAACAGAUUUAUUAAAAAAUAAAAGAAUAAAAAAUAAUUCAAUUAAAAAAAAACUUUAUAUAUUAAGAAAAGUUUUAAAAUAUAUAAGAAGGUAUAUAAAAUAUGGACCAUCUCCUUUACAAAUAUUUUCAAAGGAAAUUUCAAGUUCUCAUUUUUUGCUAAAAUUAGUAAAUGAUUAUAACUAUUUUGUGGACAUAAUUUUUCUUAAUUUUAUUAAAUUUGAGAACAAUUAUAAAAUAAUUUUCAACAAAUUCAAACCAAUUUGUUCAGAUUUACAUAAUGAGAAUUGUAAACAAGCAAAUGAGGAAAUAUACAACAAAAAAGGUAAAUACAAUCCUUUAGCUAAAUUUAAAUUUAUACUAAAAAAAAAAUAUAUAUCAAAUAAAAUAAAACAAAAAAUACUAUUUGAUAUCAUUCUUUCAAUUAUAAUUACACACAAGGAACAUUAUUUAAAACUUAGUCAAAAUAUAAAUUUUAAUUUUUUUAGUAUAGACGUUUUACAGUAUUUAAGACGUCUAUUUUAUUUAUAUAUAAAAACAAGAGAGUUGUUUAAAAAAAAUAAAAAAAUAAAAAUAAAAAAUGGGGAAAAUAAUAAUAAUAAUAAUUGCUUAUUAUUUUAUCUACUUGAUUAUGUAAUUCCCUAUAAUAAAAAACAGACAAAAAUUAAAGCCGAAAAAAAAAAUGAAAAAAAAAAUGUAGAUUUUGUUAAAAAUAUCUUUAGUGAAAAAAAAUACAAAAUAAAUUAUAAUGAUAAUUUUUUUAAUAAAAUAGAUGAACUAACAAUAACAAAUUUUAAAUUAAUUGACGAAACAGAUGGUUGCACACAUUUAAUAAAUUUUCGAAAUAAAAAACAGAAUAAUAAAAAAAAUCCUGAUCAUAUUUCAUCUAAAAUUAACUUAAAAAAAAAUAUGUCUGAAACUAACAAUUUAAAUAUUAUAUAUAUUCCUACUUUAUAUAUAAUUAAUCAAAAAACUAUACAUAAUUAUAUCACAUUAUACCAAGAGGAAAUUUCUUUUUUUUUUGAGAAAAAUAUUAUUUUAGAAAUAUUUAUUGAUUUAUUUUAUUUAUGUUUUUAUUUACCAUCAUUAUCUGUCUCUCUUUUUAAAGCUCUUUUUUUUAAUAACAAAUUUUUGAAUUUUUUAUUACACUUAUUUAUGUUAAGCAAUAGAAAGUAUGUCAAUUUUGUAGAAAAUAAAAAACAAAAUGGAAAUUCAAAUUUGUAUGAAGAAAAAUCCCAAAUUGAAAUAAAAGAAAUAAAUAUACAAAAUAAAAUAUAUAAACCUUACCUUAUUUUUUUAGAAGCAUAUUUUAAUAUUAUUCAUAUAUAUAUAACUGUUUUGAUAGAAAAAUUAAAAAAAAAUAAUUUAGUAAAUUAUCAAAACUUUAUAUAUCUUUUUAAAUUUAAUCACUUAUUUAUAAAUAAUAUAUUUUUAUUUUCUCUAUGCUCAACUAUUUCAUUUUUAUAUCAAAAUUGUCAAAAAAAUUUUACUCAAAUUAGUUCAAAAACAAAAUUAAAUUGUCUUAUUUCUAAUCAUGAUCGCCAAAUUAUUCCAAUUUAUCGUUCCGAAUAUGAUGUGGUCCAAACACUGUUGACAAAAGCAAAUGGAAAAGUUGAUGAAAAAGCAAAUGGAAAAACCAAAACUAGUGAAAGCUUUCCGCAUGCUUUAAAGCAGUUUCAUUUAGCAACUAAUAUGUUGAACAGAGUAUACACAUUUUUAGUAAUGCUAGCAUUUUAUUAUAAUUAUGAAGAUAUAGAAGUGUUAUUUUAUAAUUCUUUUUUUUAUCAAAUUGGUAUCGAAAAAAAUGAUUGUUUUAAGAAUUAUGAUAAUUUAUAUAAAAAUAAAGAUCAAAUAUAUAUGGUAGAAUUAAAUGGAAUAAUUUUAUAUUUGUGUAUAAACAAUUUGAAGGUUAACAAAAUAAUUGAUUUAUAUAUCAAUAAAUUAAAAAAUAAAACUAUUCAUAGAAAUGUGUCUAAAAAUAAUAAAUAUAUUACAUACAAAAAUAAAUGCAUACUUUAUGAAAUUUUAAUUUCAACAAAUACAUUUUAUUCAAAUCAUAGAAAUCAAAUAUAUAAUAUAUUUAUUUAUUUAUUUAAUUAUAUUGAUGAUAUUUAUUGCAAAAUUAUGAAUGAACAAAUAGUUUGUUAUCCAAUUGGAAUAGAAAAAAAUGAGGAUCUACUUUUUUAUAUUAAUUAUUCUAGAAUAUAUAAUAUUCCUUUUUUAAGCUAUUUGUUCUAUAUUUGUCAGAAAUAUCUAAUACAAAACAAUUUUGAGUAUCUAAAUCAGAUUCUAAACAAUUUUAAGGAUCUAAAAAAUUUGUGCAUCUUAUAUUGUCUUGAAAAUACAAAUGAUGUAGAAAUAAAACUUAAAUGCUUAAAUGAAAUAAAAAUAUGCAAACACAAUAAAUAUUUAUACAAUUAUAUUAAAGACAUUAAAAUAAAAAUACAUUUUACCUGUGUGAACUACUAUUUUUAUAAAACCCAUGAACAUAUAUUAAAAUUAUUUAAAACAAAAAAAGUAACAAAAAAUGAUAUAUAUAAAAUGUUAACAAAUCGCUCUAUUCCACAUUUUCUAAACACAUUUAAUAUAUUGCCAUAUGUUAAUACAAGCUUUAUUAUAACAUUAAAAAAAUAUAUAAAAAAAUUAUCUUUUUAUAAAAAAAAAAAUUAUAUGGAUUUAAACAUGCUUUCAUUUUAUUUUUCAAUUAAAUCAGCAUAUGGAUACUUGUUAGGAACAGCACCUCUACAGGAUAUUAAGAAAAACUACAAAUUAAUUCAUUACAAAGAAUGCAAAGUAAAAUGUCUAUUUUAUUUUACAAUAAUUUUGUUGAGGUUUACAGAAAAAAGACAGAUAAAGGCAUUGAAUUUUAUAAAGUUUGUAAUAUUCAUAUAUAAUAAAUUAAAAGAAAAUAAUAAAAAAAUAAACAAAAUUAAAUCGUUAUUUUUUUUUAAUUUAAGAAAUUUGGUAUUCAAAAUAUUUGAAAAUAUUUAUACACGAUUAAUAAUAUUUUUUACAAAAUUUAGAAUUAUUAAAAACGUGAAAAACAAGAAAGCAAUGUGUAAUGAAACAUAUAAGAACAAUUAUAUUUUGUUUGAAAAUAAAAAACAAAAUGAUAAAGUUAAAAAUUUUGGAAUUUUAUUAACAUACCCUUCUUCAAAAUAUGAUAAUAAAUUUAUAUUAUUUAAAAUAAAAAAUCAUAAAAAAAAUAUAAAAUUUUCAUUUUUUAAUUUAUUAACAAAAAUAGAAAACAAAAUAAAAGACAAAGAAUAUAUAUAUUCUUGUUUCAAGAAAAAUGAAAGAAAACAUAAAUUAAAAAAAAAAAAAAUUAAUAUUUUAGACAAAUAUAUAUAUGAUAUUAUAUAUAAUAUACCACAAGAAUAUAUUUAUAAAAAUAUUAUUAAUCAAAAAGAUAGAAAUAUUGAUAUUUUUAUUCUUUAUAAAUAUAAAAAACAAUUAACUAUGUCUACAUAUACAUAUAAUCUAAUUUUAUAUCUCAGAUUUAUUCAAAUAUUUAAAAAAUUAUAUAUCAAAAAUAUCUUUUCAGAUUCAGCAUUUAUCAAUAAUUCAUUUGUUUCUCAAAUUUUAUAUACAUCUAAAAAUAUUUAUUAUCAAAAAUUUGUUCUUUUUCAUUUAAUGUCUUAUUAUAUUAGCAAAUAUAAAGAUAAUGAAAUAAAUAGGUAUAUUUUUGGGAAUAAUUACAACAUUGACUUUUUGUUAGUAUAUAUGUUUCUUGGGAUAUGUGUAACGCAUUCUUAUAAUGUUGAAAAUGGAAUUCUUUUAUUAAAAUUUGCAAAAACAAAAGUAAAGAAAAUGAAAAACAAUGUUAAAACAAGAAUUAAACAACAAAAAAAAGGUCAACUAAUAUUAAAAUUUUUACUUUAUUUUAUUAAAAAAUUACAUAUAUUAUUAGAAAUAAAAAAAAAUAUAUCUAAAAAUAAGUUAGAAACAAAUCGAAAUUACAAAAAUAAGCAUAUAUAUGAUAAACAAGUCAAUACAAAUUUAAGUACCAAAAAAAAAGAAAAAAAAAAAAAAAAAAAAAAAAAUAUCCUUCUUAUUAAAUAUCUACUUUUAACAUCAAACUCAUUAAAAAUACAAUCCAAAUUGAUAAAGAAAUAUUUCAUAGAUUUAUAUAAAAAAAAAAAUUUUUUACAAGACAUGUUUUUUUUUUUUUCUAAUUUGAAAAAGAAGAAAAAAGUUGUUUUAAAAAUUGAAAAUUCACAAAUAGACAAAACGAAUUACUCAAGUUUUACAAAAGAUACAAACAUUUUUAUGAAAAACAAAACAAAAUAUCAAUACACAUCUUAUAAAGACAUGCAUAUCAUUUUAGAAAAGUAUUCUACACUUUUAGUGCAAAAUAUAGAUGAACAAAAAGGAAAUGUAUUAAAUUAUUUACUUUAUUUUUUUUUCUUUUCUGAUAUUUUAAUAACAUAUAUAUAUGAUUCGAUAAGCAAAAAUAAGAUAGAUACAAAUUUUGUUGAGCAUUUUUCUAAAAAUCAAAAAAAUAAAUCGAAUCAGAAAAAUAUAUAUCACAUAAAAUAUCAAACAAAAAUUAAUUAUAAUUUGUUUCAUAUUUUUACCAUAGAUAUAUAUACACUUGUAAAAUAUAUUUUGUUUAUUGUAAAAUCAUAUGCAAAUGCUAAAGUUUUAUGUUCAUUGUUUUUCAUACAAUAUUAUAAAAUUUUAGUUGGGAAUAUACAAACACUAUUUUCUAUGGAUAUUGACCCUCCUCUUUAUAAAGAAAAUGUAGAUUCACAAUUUGGAACUAUUGAUUUAUGUCCUAAUAUACAAAGUAAUAGACAUAUAAAAUAUAAAUUAAAAUCUAAAAAUAUAUAUAAAAAUAAAAAGCCAAUAAUGGAAUGUUUAACUUCCGAUUUUUUAUUUUUGAUUGAAAAUAUAAAUACCAUAAAAAUUAUAGAAAGAAAUAUAAAUUUGACAAUAAAAAAAAAUAAAAUCACAAAUAUACAACAACUAUACAAAUCGUAUAUAGAAUAUAUAAUAAACAAAAUUGAAAAUCACGAAAUAAAAAUAUUUUCAAAAAAAUGCAGAUCUACAAGAUUAAAACAUUCACAUACAAAAUCUGAUACUUCAAAUAUGAAUGCUAAUAAAAAAAACUAUAUUAUGAAUAUUUUUAUAUGUUUAGAAAAAUGCGAUUAUUAUUUUCCGUUUUGUUUCAAUAUAUUAUAUGCAUAUAACUUUUCAAGGCAAUAUAAUAUUUUGAAUCGAUAUAUAAAGGAGUUAUAUAACAACAUAAAUAAAAUUUUUAAAAUUACAAAAAAUGCCCAAAAAAAAAACGAAAAAAAGAAUGAAAAAAGCAAUAAUUUUACCAUUGAAUUAUUUAAUGAUAUUUAUUUUAUAAAAUAUCAUGAUUUAUUUCAUUUUAACUAUUUUACUAAAUCUGUUUUUUUUUCGUCACUUUUUGACAAUCAGAGUUAUGCAGAUUGCGUAGACAUAUGUGAAAAAGGGAACCAAUUUUAUCAGUCUAUCAUUAUUAAAAAAUAUUAUUCUAAUUUGUUUCAAAAUUCUAAUAAGCUUAAUUUAGAUGCAGAUAAAAGAAAAGAAAAUCUCAGAUUCUUAUUUGAAUAUAUACUACAGACAGAUGUACCAAUUGAUGUACAGAUAGAUAUAUUUGUAAAUAAAAUAAUGAGAAAUUAUAAAAACCUAGAAAUAUUUUGCUUUCAUGAGCUUAUGUUAGCAUUAAAUAUGUGCUUAUAUAAUGAAAAAGUCCAAAACUAUGAUUCAAAAAGUAAUAUGCAUCUGUAUAUUGUUAAUUGUGAAAAUAUAUACAACCUUCCAAAUAACAUAGAUGCAAAUAUAGCCAAAUUAAAUGCAUAUAAACAUAUUUUUAAAAUAAUUUAUCGCAUUAAAAAAAUACACAAAUUAUAUUUAUCACCUCUUAAUCCAACAAAUAAAUUUAAUUUUGUUAAUAUUUAUAUAUCGAUUUUAAAAAAAGGAGAAAGUAAAAUUGAUCUAUUAAAGUUUAUUUCAACAUAUAAGCUAUUCAAAUAUUGUGAUUUUUUGGUAAAUUUUAAAAACUUUUCAAAUAAAGACAAAUCUGAGAUUCUUAUAAAAUCUACAAAUGAUUAUAUUUUGAAUUUGUGGGGGCUUAAUAAAGAAGUAGGCAGAAUAAUUGAAUCAUAUAAUUGUAAAAUUAUGAAAAAAAAAAAAAUUAUUUUAUUUUUAAAAAAAUUAAAAGCUCAAAAUUUUCAAAAUAUAAUUAAUUACAUAUUCUAUAAAAAUAAACCAAAUAUUUUAACAAAUCUUUUACAUUUUUUAUUAAUGCAUUUUAAACACACAUAUAUUAAAAAGUUUUAUGUAUUAAGCUUAUUUGCUAAAUAUAUGAAAAUUGAACAUAUUUUAAAAAAAAACUUUAAUAAAAUAUAUAAAAAUAUACUUCCAAUAUUGAUACAAAAUAACCAUAUCGAAUUAGCAGAAUAUAUAAUAAGUAAAAAUUUGAUUACAUAUAAAAUAUAUAAAAUAUAUUAUUAUGCUCUUUUAAAUAUUAAUGUUAAUUUAAACACGAUAAAUAAAUCAAUGGUUUCCAAAAAUAAACUUAAUAUCAAAAAAAAUAAUUUUGAACAAAUUCAAAAAGAAAACAUAUAUAACAUACAAAAAUGUAUUGAUAUAUUAAAAUUGUCGACUAUUUAUCGAAAUAAAAACAAUAUCCAGUUUAUUUAUUCUAUUUUUUUAUUUAUAACUCAAAAAUUGUUUGAUCAAAUUUGUGAAAGCUUGCAUAAUAACAAUGAAAAUAAUAUCUAUAGUACUUCUGAUUAUAAAUUAAACAAACAUAACCUUAUCAAAUUAAGAACAAAUCAUUUUGAAAAUGAUAAAAAAGACAUAAUUAAAUACACACAAAAUAUACAUUUUCAAAAAAAACACAGUUUAUUUAAUAUGUUUUACAAAAAUUAUAUUUAUAGAAACAAUGAAAAUGUACAAAAGCAUAAACAAACAAAAAAUAACAUAAUUAGAAAAUAUUACAUCAUAGAUAGAUACGCAAAAAAAAAUACAACAAAUAUUUAUAAUUCUAAAAAUUUUAAUUUGGAAAUAAAUAAUUCACCAAAUAAUAUCUCUAAUCAUGAUAGACAAAUUAAAAAAAAAAAAAAAAAUAGAUUAAACAUGGCUACAGAUAAAAAUAUGAGCAAACAAGCUAGUACAAAUAUAUUGAUAUAUAUUUUUUAUAAAAUAUGUUUUUUCUUUUAUGAAAAUUAUAAGGAAUUAAAAAGCGCAACCAAUUUAAUAUCUAAUUUAUUGCCUAUACUAAUAUAUAUAAAAAUAUCUAUAAAUUUAAAUAUUAAGAUUAAGGAUAUUAUUAAAAUGAAUAUACAAAAUUUAAUAAAUGCAUUAAAAAAACAAAAUUAUAAUAUAUGUAAUUAUUUAAUACAUAGAAUAUAUUCUUGUUAUUUUUAUAACAUAAAUGCAUUUUAUAUAUUAAAUGAGUACGAUUUAUUUUAUUCAUUUUCAAAAAAAAAAGAAAUUUCUAAAAAAUAUAGAACUAUAAAAAAUUUGAUGUUUUUGAUAUAUCGUUUCAAAUUACCUUUUAAUAAUGCAGAAAAUGUUAGUCUAACUUCUUUGGAAAAAAUUAAAAGGUUUUAUAUAUUUAAUCAUGAACAUAUGAUAUAUAUUUAUAGGAAUAAUAAUAUAAACAAAAUUUUGUAUAACAAUUUGAUGAAUAUACGAAAUAAAAACAAAUAUAAUAAAAUAAAAAAUAUUCAUAAUUCAUUCUAUUUUGACACAUUCAAUGUUUAUAAUUUUCAAAACGAAAAUAAACAAAUAAAAACAACAAUUGAUAAAAUUAGCGAUACAAAGAUAGCUAAUGGCCAUAUCUUUAUGAAUCCUGUAGAUGAAGUGAAACUAUGCAAUAUUAUAAAAAAAACAAAAAAUAAUUUUAAAGUUAUAAGAAAAGGAAGGAUACAUAAAAUAAUUCAAAAUAUUCGAUUUAAUAUAAUAGCGUUCCAUUAUGAACUUUUAAAUAAAAAUAAUAUGCAUUUUUAUUCCACUCUUAGUUUAUUUUGUUUCUUUUUUUUUGAUUUUCACUUUUGUAAUAAUAUAUAUAAAAAUUAUAAAAAGUUAUCAUCUUAUUUCAACAAAUAUACACAUGUAGAACGAAAUAAUGUUACUAACAAUUUAAAUAUUAAACAAGUUGAAAUAUUUAAAGAAAUAAAAAAUCAAGAGCGAAAUUACAGAAAAAAUAUAUAUUCUGAUAAUUUAUCUUUAUACAAAAAUAACAAUUUAAUAAAUAAUGAAAAUAUUUAUAAAAUGAUUAUUCAAACUGGGAAAUACAGUUAUCUUAUUUAUAUUAUAUUAACAAAUUCCGAAAUUAACAAGAUUAAAAAAGAAAGAAAAAAAACGAAUAUUAGACAAAACAUUUUUAAAUAUUUUACUAUUGAUAAUAUUAAUUAUUAUUCGUGUUUGCAAAUAAAAAAAAGUAAAGAAUUAUUUUCUUCUCCAAAAUAUAAAUCAAAAAAUAAUAUUAUAUGUACAAAUUUGCUAUAUAACGAACAAAAAUAUAUAUAUUCCUUUAGUACACCUAUUUAUAUAAGUAGACAUGUUUUAAACGAAAUAACAUUUAGUUUUCUUUACAACUAUUAUAACAACAUCUAUUUUAAAGCUAAGGAUAGUAAUAUAGAAAAGGUAAAUAAGUUUGCACACAAAAAUUUAUUUAUUUAUUUAAUAGAUAUAAUAAAAAAUCCAUAUGUAAUAAAUUAUAACGAACAUUAUUUCGAAAAUGAGGAGAAUUAUUCUUAUAAUCAAGAUAGUGCACUAAUCCAAACACUAUAUUUACGAAAUUAUUGUUUAUCAAUUUUAAAAAAAAAAAAUAAAAUAAAUAAUAAUAAUCGUAGUAAUUUUAUGAACAAGUCAGAAAAAAAAGACAAGUUUUUACAACAAAAAAAUAAUAAGCUUAAAAUAAAAAAAUUGGCUAGCUCGAAAACAACAUUUAUAUAUUCCAAUUAUAUAAGACAAAAGAAAAUUACUCAAAUUACUAAUAUGUUUAAGAACAAACUAGAGAUAUUCCAAAGAUACAUUAUAUUGAUGCACAAUAAUUCUUUAGACAAAAAUAUAAUGCAAUUUUUUAUAUCUAAGGACGUUAUAGAUUAUUAUGAAUAUUUGUUUUAUGAUAUAAAUAAUUGUUCUUAUCCUCUAUGUUAUAUAAAUCCGAGCGCUAAUAUGAAUAUCAUGUUACAAUAUUUUAAAAAUGAUAUUAAUCAAGUUUCUAAAGAUAUUUAUUUCGAAAAUACAAAAUAUGUUAACAAUAAAAUUAAUGCAAAAAAAAUAAAAAUCUACCUUUUUAUUACUUCUUUACUACUUCCUCUCGAAUCGAGGUCCUUAAAAUUGACAAACUACAAUAAUUCAAAAUAUGAUGAUAAUUUUAUAAGAAGUUUAAAAGACUAUUGUUCUUUGCACAAUUUGAUGAAUUUAUAUACAAAAUAUGAUUUGAGCAAAUCAUGUCUUAAGCUCCUUAUAAAAAAUAAUUUACUAUCAGAAUAUUUCAUAGGAAUCGUUAAAAGGGCAAAUAAGUACAAUUAUAUUUAUAAGAUAUUUCAAAAUGUGUCUAAUUUUAGGAACCCACUUCUUCAGCAGAAAAUAAAGUGCUAUUUACUAAAAAAGAAAAUGUACAACUUGCUUUACAAUUAUGUGAUUUUUUCAAGCGAUUAUUUAAAUGCAGCUAUCAUAAGUAUAUACCAUUAUUCUAUUGCCCAGAAUGUUGAUGCUAAGAAUGGCCAUCUAAACAAUGCUCUUGUAAAUUUUACCUUAAUUGUUAAAAGUUUAGAAAGUUCGAAGAAUUAUAAAAAUUCCAACAGAAAUAUUUUUUAUGACAAUUUCAUAUUUCGAAAUAAUACCAAUCGAAAAAAGAAAAAUAGACAGCUAUAUAAUAAAAGCAAUUUUAAUAUUCUUUUUGAUGAAACUAAAAAACGAACAAAUCAUACCAUUCCAAUUGAAUUAAUAUUCAGAUAUAUUGAUUUGAUAAUUCUCCAACAACAGCUGCUACAAGAAGAUCUCGAUAUACAUGGGAAUAUAAUAAACUCCAAAAAAAUAGACAUUAUGUUUUGUAUUAAUUUAUUAAUUUAUAAAAAUAUAUAUAAUUUAGCAGACAAAAUAAUUAACAUAUAUCAAUUUAAUUAUAUUUUUACCUAUUGUUUAGCUUGUAUGUUUUGUCUUUUAAUAAAUCAAAAUUUAUCUUUCCUAAAGAAUAUAAUGAAUUACAUAAAAAUAAAAUUAAAUAAUAAUGACAUUAACAUAUUUGUUUUGCACAUAAUUUAUCUUUAUUUGGGAUAUAGAAGAAAAUUUAAAUUCAUAUACGAAGCUAUUCAAGAAAUGCAUGAAAAAGAGAUGGAACCAAAAAAAACUGAAUUAAAUAAUUCAAAUCCAAAUAUAUCAAAUACGUGUGCAGAAAAAUACGAUAAAAUUAACAUGACAGCUAGCCAAAUAUCCGAAUAUGAUAUUAAUAUGAAUAUUUUACCUGAACAGAUUAAUAAUAUAUUAACAUAUAUUACUGAUAAUGAUUUUUUAUUUUAUUCACAUGUAUUAAUUUAUAUUCAUAAUAAAAAAGAAUAUAAAAAUCUAUUUAAACAUAUUAAAAAUAUAUUAUUUACAAAUAUAAAAAAAAAUGAUAUUUACAAAAUGAUAAUAUGUGCAUAUAAAUAUAUUAGUAACAAAAAAAAAAAGAAUACUAAUCUUAGCCCUAUCAAUAAAAAAAGUAAUUAUAAUUUUAUCCAUGAUAAUUUACCUUAUUUAAAAAAAAAAAAAAUAAAUAAAAUAAGUAUAAAGCAGUUUGGAAAUAUUCAUCAAGAUCAAAACUUUUCUACCUUAAUGUCUUUGGCUAAGCAAUAUCCUGAUAAUAUUAAAUAUAAAAUAAGCACCGAAAUUUUGUCUAUUUACAAAAAUUGUAGUACAUUAUAA